AUGGUUUUACCUCUCUGUCGAUGCCGUGUCCUCUACAUAGGAUCAGCUGUUCCUACCGUCACUAAGGAUGGCUUGCAAGGUAUACAACAGCCAUUGCGUGAACGCUAUCCCGUUGAAGAUACGCCUGAAGCCAGAGGAGUUGAUUCAUGGUUAUCAGUCUGGUCAAAUGGCAUUCUGCUUGAAUACAUUGAAGGAGAUAAAAAGAGUGAAACCGCAUUCUUCCCUAUUAACUCUCUUCAUUAUUGUGCGGCAGUGCGCUAUGUCAAUGUGACUGGCUAUGCUAUUGAGGGAGGAGGCGAGCGUUUUUUGCCUUUGGAUUCUCCUUUCGCUGACAUUCCUGAUUCACCACAUCCACCUAUGUUUGCAGCUAUUUUACGGAGAACUUCGGGUGUAAAGAUUCUCGAAUGUCAUGGUUUCAUUUGUACAAAUUCCAAAGCAGCUAAUGCUCUUGUACGGUGUUGCUUUCAUGCUUAUGCUGAUUGCAUGUAUUUGAGAAUGGAUGAAAGAAUCCCUGGAUUGAAGGCUAUCAAAGAAGGAUCAUUGGGGGAUCGAUCUCCUGAAAGCCGAGGCAGUGAGGAAAACAACUCAGCUGAUGAAAAUGAACAAGAGGAAGCAGCUGAAAGACAGAAUAUCCAUCACUGGGAUCGUGAAAGAGCCGCAGAUGGCGAGUACGAUAGUGUUAGUAUCGGAAGUUCUAUGGCUAAAGGAACAACAGCGAAAAGAGCUGCUUCCGAAAAUGGGAAUGCUGGCAGAUCUGUUUUGCCAUACGCAGGAGAGGAACGAGAACAUCGUCGCGCAGGAUCAGAUGUUGACCUUUCAUAUGCUGAACGUUACUCCAUCGCGCCGCCACCAGGAGCUCUCGCUUUCCCUGGCCCACGAGGAGCUCCUCAUGGUGCUCAUCCUCCAAUGUUCCCACCUCAUCAUCCUGGAGCAAUGCCUUUACCCAUGCAUAUGAUGCCCCCACCACCACCCGGAAGACAUCCAAUGCAUCCCAUGUUUUUUGCCCCACCACCACCACAUUUCAUGCCUCAUCCUGGUAUGAUGAUGCCACCUCCACCACCACCACAUUUACGGGGUCAAUUUCAUCCCGGACACUUCCCACCUCCACCACGUGGAUUUUUCCCUCCACCAUUCCAUCCCAUGUAUAGACCGGGAUCACCAGAUGUAGGAACAGGACCCAUCAUUACUGGGCCAGAAAGUAUAUACGGGACAAUACCAAGAAAAGCAGCUUAUGAAGAGCCAGCAUAUGUAUCAACUCAAGGCGGACCUCCAGAAGCAUCAUAUCACCCAGGCAAUUACACAGCAGAGCAAUACGAAGCCUAUUACGAUACAUUGAAAAAGAAGACUAAAAAAGGGUCUGCUAGUGUAGCAUCUAGUCGGGACAUCAAUUCAGCUGUAUGGGAGCAAUAUGAAGAAGGCAUAUAUCGUAAACCGCAUAUCAACGAAAAAGCUUUCAGCAACACUCUUCGCAAAAAAGAGGAUGUGAGACAGUCUGCUGCUAGUGGUGCACAUGAAUACUCAAGCAUUGGCAAAAGAUCAGCCAAAGAUAUGGAAACGCCGACUUUAAGCAGAAGGGACUCACCUGACUCUCCAUCCCAGAUAGUACAAUCAGAUGUUGUUCGUCCUGACACACCACCCAUUGAUUAUAAUAUUCCAAAUGGUAAACAGAAACCAUCAAACCGUGCUGCAGCAUACUAA